AUGGACUUUCACUCCAAUGAACGUGCAAAGCUGAAUUCACGAGAAGAUGCAGUGGUCCUAACUCAACACCAGAAAGCAGGGAAGGCCUCUUCUUCACAAAGCAUCUCUUCUCAAGACAAGGGAAAUGAUGCUGGACGCUGCGUCAGCCAAGACAACGUGCCUCAGCCUGAGUUGCCCGUGGAGGCCGCAGCCUGUAGUCAGGCAGCAGGAGAAAAGGCUGCCUUCUCAGAACAUCUUAUUGGUGUCUCCACCCCAUCCAAGCGUCCCCGUCUUGAUGAGGAUGAGAUCAAGGAGCUGCCUGUAUCCCAGCACUCGGAGCAAACGGAGGACUCCUCUGACUAUUUACAGACCUACAUUCCGUCCCAUGCACUUAAUAAGAACGAGCCCUUUCAGUCCCCAGUACAUGGGACAGAUGUGAGGCCCAUGAAAAUGUACUAUAUGCGUGUACAAUUGGAAAGGGGUCAUCACAGCCCCGUGGUGGACAAACCUGUGCUCUUGCCGCCCCGCCUGGGCCUCCCCUACAACCUCAUGGCUGACCACCUCAGGUGCAGCAUCCAGGGCGGGGUGGAUGUGCACAGCGCCAGCGAGGACGCCAGUGCCUGCAGACACCUGGUCAUCUGGAAGAUUGGACAAGACGCCAAGACCAAGCGCUGA